ACCGUCAUUAUCAUUGUUAAUUAUAUAAUUAAAUAUGGCAGACUACUUAAGAUACUUCGCUGAUGUGUUCGAGGGUGACGUCGAGCUGGGAGUAUUCGAUUAUUUUUUCCAGAAACACUUCGACAUUGUACUUUCGAACUUCGAUAUAGAAAUUGCCGACUACAAACUUAAGUACCUAAAUAAGGGUUAUUCGUUGCAAACUGUUGACGACAUGGUAGAAACGAAUGUCAGAGAUCAUUACAUCAGAACAAUCUGGCCGUAUCAACGAAACCUACUUGGUUAUUUAAUUAUGGUCUGCAACAAACAAACUCUAGCAUUGGACGGAUAUAUUUUUCAAAGACUAUUUGAAGGAGAAAGUCGUGAAAAAGCAUUCACUGGUGUGAUGGCCAUACUUACGGUGUAUUUCAACACAGAAAUUUGGCCUGAGCUGAAAAACUACUUGAAAAAACCGGCAAUAAUUUGUACAAGAGUAUUGGGAACCAAAAAAUGUUUUGUAGAAUCGUGUGUGAAAGUCGCGGGAUUCAACUGGGGACGCGUAUAUCUUUUAACCGGACAUACACAUUAUCCUUGUUCUUGGAAUGGAGGCCAGCACAAUAAGAGGCUUUACGACAGACAAAUGGGCUACAUGAGAAAAGGUUCAUUUGACAAAACAUAA